CUAAAUCCAACUAACCAAAAUUCUCUCUCUCUGCUUUUCUUUUGUCGGUGAAUUUGGAUUUUUCUUUCCUCCACAUCUUUCUUUCUCUCUCCUUGCUCCGACAUAUUUAUUCUUUGUCAUCGUCUCUCUCUCUCUUCGGCGAGACCCAGACCGAGAAAGAGUUGCUAAUUCCUCAAAGCCCACCUCGAAAGUCUUUUUCUUGGGAGGGUUUAAGAUCCUCCAUGGACGGCGGCGGAGUAGCUGACGUGGCAGUCGCCGGGACGACGAGGAAGAGAGAGAGACCUUACAAAGGAAUAAGGAUGAGGAAGUGGGGAAAGUGGGUAGCGGAGAUUCGAGAGCCUAACAAGCGCUCCAGGUUAUGGCUCGGCUCUUACUCCACUCCUGAGGCGGCGGCGCGAGCUUACGACACGGCGGUUUUCUACCUCAGAGGACCUACGGCGAGACUCAACUUCCCGGAGCUUCUUCCCGGAGAGAAAUUCUCCGACGAGGACAUGUCGGCUGCGACGAUUCGGAAAAAAGCGACGGAGGUCGGUGCUCAGGUUGAUGCUUUAGGCACGGCGGUGCUAAAUAACCGCCACCGUGUUUUUGGUCAGAACCGAGAGAUUGAUAAUAAUAAGAAUUUUCAUCUUAAUUACCAAAACGGUGAGCGAGAAGAAGAAGAAGAAGAUGAUGACGAUGAUAAGAGAUUGAAGAGUGGCGGCUGGUUAUUGGAUCGGGUUGACUUGAAUAAAUUACCCGACCCGGAAAGCUCCGAUGAAGAUUGGGAAAGCAAAUAAAAAUAUAAUAUAUAAAUAUAAAUAUAUAUAUAUAUUUUGGAGCGGUGGCUGUUGCUAACGUACGCCUCGGCCGACUUCUGCGAAAUCAUUAGCGCCGUUUAUCCCUUUUUUUUUUUGCAUUACUGAAAUUUUAGGGUUUUUAGUAAUUUGUUUUGUCUUUAAUUACGGGUUUUGCGGUUUAUGGAAUUUUAGGCUAUUAUUGCUUAAAAAAUGCAAAAUGUAUAUUACUUACUCAUUGAUACUCGUUAAUGAAAUUCGCCCUAUUUCCUAUAA